CGAUCCGCCCCGCUGCCGCCGCCGCCGGAUGGCGAGGUUGCGGGAUUGCCUGCCCCGCCUGAUGGUUAUGAUCCGGUCCCUGCUCUUCUGGUCCCUGGUCUACUGCUAUUGCGGGCUUUGCGCCUCCAUCUACCUGCUCAAACUUUUGUGGAGCAUCGGCCAGAGACCUGCGCAGACCUUCCGGCGGGCGGCCCGGGAACACCCUCCCGCGUGCUUGAACGACCCCUCUUUGGGUACCCACUGCUACGUGCGGAUCAAGGAUUCGGGGUUAAGAUUUCAUUAUGUUGCUGCUGGAGAAAGAGGCAAACCACUUAUGCUGCUACUUCAUGGAUUUCCAGAAUUCUGGUAUUCUUGGCGUCAUCAACUAAGGGAAUUUAAAAGUGAAUAUCGAGUUGUAGCGCUAGAUUUGAGAGGUUAUGGAGAAACAGAUGCUCCCUUUCAUCGAGAGAAUUAUAAACUGGACUGUCUAAUUACAGAUAUAAAAGAUAUUUUAGAUUCUUUAGGGUAUAGCAAAUGUGUUCUUAUUGGCCAUGACUGGGGGGGCAUGAUUGCUUGGCUGAUUGCCAUCUGUUAUCCUGAAAUGGUGAUGAAGCUUAUUGUUAUUAACUUUCCUCAUCCAAAUGUAUUUACAGAAUAUAUUUUACGACACCCUGCCCAGCUGUUCAAAUCCAGCUAUUAUUACUUCUUCCAAAUACCAUGGUUCCCAGAAUUUAUGUUCUCAAUAAAUGAUUUCAAGGCUUUGAAACAUCUGUUUACCAGUCACAGCACUGGCAUUGGAAGAAAAGGAUGUCAAUUAACAGCAGAAGAUCUUGAGGCUUAUAUUUAUAUAUUUUCCCAGCCUGGAGCAUUAAGUGGUCCAAUUAACCAUUACCGAAAUAUCUUCAGCUGCCUGCCUCUCAAACAUCACAUGGUGACCACUCCAACAUUACUACUGUGGGGAGAGAAAGAUGCAUUUAUGGAGGUUGAGAUGGCUGAAGUCACAAAGAUUUAUGUUAAAAACUAUUUCAGGCUAACUAUUUUGUCAGAAGCCAGUCAUUGGCUUCAGCAAGAGCAACCUAACAUAGUGAACAAAUUGAUAUGGACAUUUCUAAAAGAAGAAACAAGAAAAAAAGAUUGACUUUUCUGUAUCUUCUAUGAGAGAUCUGUCAUAAAAUCUCUAAAUAAUUUUUAAAAAUUGUUCAUCAACUUCUUUAAGCUUCAUUAGGGAAAAAAUUACUUUAACAUGCUUUAUCAUAAAUAUCAAAUGGUACUGAAUAAUAUCUGAGAAUGUGUAAACUUGUAAUAUAAUGUUCAUUUUCUUCUGCUGUCUUUUACUCAGAAAAACAUCUGCCUUAAAAUGUAUACACUUGUACAAAAAGG